UAUGGUAAAAAUUUAGAGGGUAAAACUUGGACAUAUACUUCCACUGUAAACAUUCUAAAGCUCUCAAGUCUCAACUCUGCAGAAAAUUUAGCGGUUGAUGGAGAAAUUAGAGGAAGCGUUGAGUAAUAAAGGGCUAACCGUGUCUUCUCUGCCCCAAAAGGGUCGUUGCCUUUUUACCACUCGGGAUUUCUCUCCAGGGGAAGUGAUUAUAUCGGAAGAGCCAUAUGUUUCAGUUCCCAAUAAAUCAGCAAAAUGUGAAUGGUGUUUCACUUCAACUAACCUUAAGAAAUGUUCUGCAUGCCAUCUUGUUUAUUACUGUGGCAACACAUGCCAGAAGUCAGAUUGGAAGUUGCAUAGGGUUGAAUGCAAGGUCUUGUCGAAGGUUGACAAGGAAAGGAUAAAGUCCAUUACGCCCAGUAUAAGAUUGAUGGUUAAGCUUUAUCUGCGGAGGAAACUGCAACAUGAGAAGGUUAUUCCAAUUACAGUCAUGGACAAUUGCAAUCUGGUGGAAUCCUUGGUGUCUCAUAUGACUGAUAUUGAUGAGAAGCAACUAGUUUUGUAUGCUCAGAUGGCAAACCUUGUCAAUCUUAUUCUUCAAUGGCCCGAGAUCAAUGUAAAGGAGAUUGCAGAAAACUUUUCUAGGUUUUCAUGUAAUGCACAUACAAUUUGUGAUGCUGAACUGAAACCCCUGGGGACAGGCCUUUAUCCGGUGGUUUCUAUAAUCAACCACAGUUGUUUGCCGAAUUCGGUUCUAAUAUUUGAGGGACGAAUGGCUGUUGUUCGAGCGAUGCAGCAUAUACCCAAAGGUACUGAGGUAUCGAUAAGUUAUAUAGAAAUGGCUGGAAGCACUGCAACUCGACAAAAGGCUCUUAAAGAACAGUACCUUUUCUCCUGCAAUUGCAUUCGCUGCGUCAAGUUGGGCCAAAAUGAUGAUAUCCAAGAAAGUGCAGUUCUUGAGGGUUAUAGAUGCAAGGACAAGAGAUGCAGUGGUUUCCUGCUUCGUGACUCUGGUAAUAAAGGAUUCACAUGUCAAUUGUGUGGACUCUUUAGGGACAAGGAAGAAAUAAAGAAUAUCGUUAAUGAAAUCCAAUCACUGUCGGAGAAAGCUUCGUUUUCACUUUCAUAUGGACACAAGAAAGAUGCUAGUGUAAUGUAUAAGAUGAUUGAGAAACUUCAACUGAAGCUGUACCAUCAAUUCUCGAUCAAUCUGAUGCGCACGCGGGAGAAUCUUUUAAAGAUAUUGAUGGAGCUGCAAGAUUGGAAGGAGGCACUGAAGUACUGCAGAUUCACUAUCCCAGUUUAUCAGAGAGUUUAUCCAGAAUGUCAUCCUUUGCUCGGACUGCAAUAUUACACUAGUGGAAAACUUGAAUGGUGGCUUGGAGAGACUGAGGAAGCGUACAGGUCACUAGCCAAGGCAGCAGAGAUAUUACGGAUUACUCAUGGGACAAACACUACUUUCAUGAAGGAGCUUUUUGUGAAGUUAGAAGAAGCUCGUGCGGAGCUCUCUUACAAGAUUUCAUCCAAGGAAGCAGAUGAUUAUUGAACUGCAUCCACAGAUGCACAAAUUCUUGUAGGCGACAUACACAAAAUUCUGCUAUACCUGUGUAACAAAGGGCGGCCCGAUGCAGAAAAUCUCGUAGACGACAUAUACAAAAUUCUGUUAUACCUGUUCAACCAAGGGCGGACCUUCUUUCCUGAUUAUUACAACGAAUUUCUUGCGAGAUCUCCCUUUCCUAUUGUCUGCUUUGUUGGGAGUUGGAUUACUAUUGUGAGAGAACAUAGGCUAUCUGGCAGUUUCUUCUAUUAUAAGAUACACUUGAGUAUUGAUACAAGGGGGCGCAAGGCAUGUUUCGUAGGAAGGUGUAAAUAGCAAAAAUUGUGUAUUGUUGGUUACAUUCUGAGUUCUACAUUGGGCCUGCAUAAUAUUGCAGGAUAAAUUCUCUUCGUAUAGUAAUUUCUUGAUCUUUUGAAUAAUUGUGUUCUUUCAUA